CCCAACUAACUCUUUCCUCUUCCUCAAUCCCUCUAGAUAUAUUUGCAUCAUACUAUUUUUAACACUCCCAAACAACUCACACCUUUUUCUCAUCACUUUCUGCAGACAAUUCUGUCAGAAAAAAUGACUGAGGAGCAAUCCAAAACUGUGUCUGAGAGUACUACUACUCCAACUGAGCCUGUUGCUCAUGACCCUCCAAAGGAGGAUGUGGCUCAAGAGAAAUCUGUCAUUCCACAACCCUCUCCUUUUGCUGAUGACUCCAAAGCUCUUUUACUUGUUGAGAAGACUGGUGAAGUUGCUGUAGAGAAACCAAUUGAUGGAUCUGUGAACCGAGAUGCUGUCCUUGCGAGAGUUGCAACGGAGAAGAGGUUGUCACUGAUCAAAGCAUGGGAAGAAAGUGAAAAGUCAAAAGCAGAGAACAAGGCUUACAAAAACAUUUCAUCAAUUUCAGCAUGGGAGAACAGUAAGAAAGCUGCAACGGAGGCUGAAUUGAGAAAGAUUGAAGAACAACUGGAGAAGAAAAAGGCAGAAUAUGGAGAGAAGUUGAAAAACAAAAUAGCUACAAUCCACCGAGAAGCUGAAGAAAAGAGGGCAUUUAUUGAGGCCAAAAAAGGGGAAGAUUUCUUGAAGGCAGAAGAGACAGCUGCAAAAUACAGGGCAACUGGAACAGCCCCAAAGAAACUCUUUGGUUGUUUCUAUUAAGCCUGCUCAUUUAUAAAAAUGUAGCAUUACUAUUAUUAUUACUAUUGCUAUUAUUUUCUUUGAUAGUUCAUAUCAGUACAUGUGUGGUUUGGUUGUCUUUUAUUGAGCUUUAGUUCAUCUUCAUUUAUUAUUGUGUGCACAGAGAUAUGUUGGUGGUGUGUAUACAACAAUUACUAUGUGCAUACAAGAGAUUGAAUUAUUCGAUUUGGGUAA